AUGACUAUCAAGCCAGUCAGUGCGCCGAGUGGCAAGCGCGUUGUCGAUGCGGAUGCCACCGGAGGCUCACGUCUCAGGACAGGUAGUGGUCGUCGAACAAUCGGUUGUCAAUCAAUCACAAUCGCAAUGUUGUCAUCGAUGGCCCUGGCCAGUCCACAACGACGCGGCGAAGUCUACGACGAGCUGACACGCACACACCGUUGCAGUCCACAUAAAAGUUCCCGUUCGAAGCGUCGCGAGCAUCAUGAAGGUCAUGCACAUCAUCAUAAACGGGAUCGUUUGGAGCGCGAGAAACUGAAUCUUAAUCAUCCGACUGUGGUUGGUAGUGGUGUUGCGGGCGUCAGCAGCAAAUGUAGCAGUCCGCAUGCAGUAGUAGCUGCGGGCGUUGCUGCCGGAGCGGGCAACAGCAGCACUCCCACAGCUGUCGGUCGCAAAUCGCCGGAGCAUCUGGGCUUGGGCUGUGCCAAUGUGCCGAAAGUGCAAACUCAAAUAACACCGGCCGCUGCGGCAGCGAAUAUGCUGAAAGCUGUCGAAGAGACUUUCUCUGGCUACAAUAGCGACGAGCAUCUGCAACCCAAGGAGCGCACUAUUUCAGUGGAGGAGUGGAAGCGGCGCGAUGAAGAGUUUGCCAAAUGUAUGGAGAAGCGUGGCUACGAACUAAAGCCCGUAGAGGAAGAUGGUGCCUGUCUCUUUCGAUCCAUAUCUCUGCAGAUUUACGGCGACGAGGGCAUGCACGAUGUCAUACGGCAGCACACAAUGGACUACAUACAUGAGAAUCGCGAGUAUUUUGGUCAGUUUGUCACCGAGGACAUCAAUGGAUAUAUUCAACGCAAACGUGCCCGCGAUGCACACGGCAAUCACAUAGAGAUACAGGCCAUAUCCGAGAUCUACAGUCGCACCGUCGAAGUCUUCUGUUAUCAGUCGACACCCAUUAACAUCUUUAACUCAGAGCAAUCGCAGGCUGGCUAUCCACCGUUGCGUUUGUCCUAUCAACGAGGCUCCCACUACAAUGCCAUACUGGAUCCGUACAAUGCCACCGUAGGCGUCGGCUUGGGCUUGGCUGGCUACAAGCCCGAGUUUCAGACCAAGGAGGCAGUGCGUUUAAGCGAGCAGCUAGAAAUUGAACAGACUAUGUUUGAGGACAAGCUGAAGACAACAGACUGGGAAGCCACCAACGAGGCCAUAGAGGAGCAAAUUGCUCGUGAGUCCUACUUGCAAUGGUGCCGUGAUAAUAUGCAGCGUUCGCGCAACAACAAUACAGCCGCCGGUUCGGCAACAUCUUCAACAGUGACUUCAGCCGAGGCCCUAACCGACUCAGAUGCCUCGCCUUCAAAGUACUCGAGUGACGGAGGAGGUAGUGGCGGCGGCGCCCCAAUGAGCAGCUCCAGCAUUGGCGAUGGCCCAGCCACGGUUUACACGCUAUCGCCUAAAACACUUGGUCAAUAUGCACACAAGUUGCCGCCCGAGGUAAAUGAACUGGGCGGUUACGAGAGCGAUGCGACGGAUAUGAGCAGCACCAGCUCUGUGGGUCACUGUGGAGGUAAUGCCUCGCCCAACACAGCCCCAGCGCAGCGCUCCAAUAAACUGUCAAAAUCACAGCGUCGCAGCAACAACCUGCGCAGCAGCAAGAAACGUCGUCACGAAGUGCGCGAGCCAGGCAAUAGCCUGGAAACCCAUGUACAUGAAACGCCACAACGUAAGAGUCCGAAACGUGAAGCUGUGCCUGCCGUUGCUAGGGAACGUACACCAGAAGCGGAACAGCAACCAUGCACCUCCAAGCAGUCAUCACAGUCACCACCCAAACGCGUGGAACCCAAAUCGCCGCCCAAGCAAAGCUACUCGAGCUUUUACCAAGAGCUCCUGGAGGCUUCUUAUGCUAACGACGGAGUCAAUGAGAACGAGAUGCUGCAGCGAGCCAUCCAAAUGUCGACGCGCGAUUAUAUGGAUGAUCAGAAGCGAAAAUAUUUGUGUGGCCCAUAGGUGAGGGCCUGGCGAAGCGAAAGUGUUCCCUGUCGCUCUUUUGUACAGUGAUUAAAUUUCUCUUUACGCAACGAAAACGAAACACAACAAAUCAACCAAAAAUAAACACCCUCCACACACACUCGCCUACACUUACAACAAAAGGAACAAAGUAACAUUUUGUAAGACUCGACUUGUAUUAAAAAUUGAUGAGUGAGGAAGUGCCCCAAGGACUGAACAUCCUGGACGCCUUGCAGCUAUUGGCACAUACAUACAUAUACACACACAACAUUCACACACACACACAC